AUGCAGGCCCCCGGAUCCCCUAACGGCAGUGUCAUGACACAAGCCGAGCUAGAAGCCUACCGAAAGCGAAAAGACCAAGAGAAGGCGGACAGACACGCCAGCGAGAGCGAAGACGAGGAGGAUAACAUCAAUUACGAUUCCGAAGACGACGGCAAGAAUUCAAAGCAAAACGAUCAAAGAAGGCGCCAAGAAGCGCACUUCGCUGGCUACCGACAACAAAUGAUGAAGACCACCGUCGGACCACCUUCAAUACCGCACAACCGCAUCCCCUCCAUCCAGGGACCUUGGAUGAACAUCCCAGACUCUGACUCAGAUGACGACGUCCCGCUAGGAAUGCUGCAGGCCAGAAACCAAAAGAGUCGCAUGUCAAGAUUCACAAGAUCAAACCCCAACCUGCGCGCAUCCGCUCAGCAGCAAAUCGUGAGGCCUGGCUCAGCACAAGGACGGCCCAACAACAGCUCACAUCUGCAAUUGCCCUCCUUCGCCAGCAAUCUUCCACAGGACCCAUUCCAAGACCCAUACCAAGACCCAUUCACGAUAAACAAGAAGCCCAUGUUCACGGGUGGAUUAAUCAGUGUGAUCGCGAACGAAGAGCGCGCCAAAGCCUCGCGAAGAGGUGGUUCCACAGUUAGCUUGCAAGCACCUCCUUCACAAGGAUUCAACGGUUUCGGCCUCUCCAUGCCAUCGCAGCAGAUGGGCGCACAGUACGGAAUGAUGGGACAGCAGGGCUCACGACCAGGCACACCGAGCCAAAUGCAGCAGCACAUCCCGCAGGGAAUUCAAGACCAGAUGCAGUUUAUGCAAACAAUGACAUACGGCGCCCAGCACAGACCUGCCCAUUCGUGGAACGGCACACCCAUGAGACCAGGCACGAGCGGAAGUAUGGCCGCCCCGUUACCGAAGCCUGCUAUGCCAGCGGCCUAUGGAGGAUACGCGCAAUCGAUUCCCCCAGCUGAGCGAAGCAACGUCGGCCUACCAAGUCGUUAUAGAGCUGUUACAAAGGCAAAGGCUUGA